CCUGUGGGGAUCGCUAUGGCAGCGGCGUCGCUCUGGGUCGGGCCUCUGCGCUGGCGCCCUGGCAGGGCCGCCUCAGCCGCCGCCGGCACCACUUCCUCUCUGGAAUGAGCGGGGUCUCCCGCCGCCGCUCGCCGCGCCCCCCGCCGCUGCCGCCGCAUCCCGACUGUGGGCCCGCUCCGGGAUCAUGCCCCUGACCGCCUACUGCUACCUGCGUGUCGUGGGCAGGGGCAGCUACGGGGAGGUGACGCUCGUGAGGCACCGACGGGACGGCAGGCAGUAUGUCAUCAAAAAGCUGAACCUCCGAAAUGCCUCCAGCCGAGAGCGGCAAGCUGCUGAACAGGAAGCUCAGCUCUUGUCUCAGUUGAAGCAUCCCAAUAUUGUCACCUACAAGGAGUCGUGGGAGGGAGGGGAUGGUCUGCUGUACAUCGUCAUGGGCUUCUGCGAAGGAGGUGAUCUGUACCGAAAGCUCAAAGAGCAGAAGGGGAGGCUUCUGUCCGAGAGUCAGGUGGUGGAAUGGUUUGUUCAGAUCGCUAUGGCUCUGCAGUAUUUACAUGAAAAACACAUCCUUCACCGAGAUCUAAAAACUCAAAAUGUCUUCCUAACAAGAAAAAACAUCAUCAAAGUGGGUGACCUAGGAAUUGCCCGAGUGCUUGAGAACCACUGUGACAUGGCUAGCACCCUCAUUGGCACACCCUAUUACAUGAGCCCUGAAUUGUUCUCAAACAAACCCUACAACUAUAAGUCUGAUGUUUGGGCUCUGGGAUGCUGUGUUUAUGAAAUGGCCACCCUGAAGCAUGCUUUCAAUGCAAAAGACAUGAAUUCUUUAGUUUAUCGGAUUAUUGAAGGAAAGCUGCCACCAAUGCCGAAAGAUUACAGCCCAGAGCUGGCAGAAAUAAUAAGAACCAUGCUGAGCAAAAGGCCUGAAGAAAGACCUUCUGUGAGGAGCAUCCUAAGGCAGCCUUACAUAAAGCGCCAAAUAUCCUUGUUUUUGGAGGCCACGAAGGCAAAAAACUCCAAAAAUAAUAUUAAAAAUGACGACUCUAAAUCCAAGCCUGUGGCUACAGUGGUUUCUGGAAAGGCUGAAUUAAGUCAUGAAGCCGUUCCCCCUCAACGACUCUCUUCUGAGGGCUCCAAGACAUAUGUAAUGGGUGAAGACAAAUAUUUGUCCCAGGAGAAACCCAUAGUCAUUGGCCCCUUGAAGACACCCCCACGUCUGAAAGGCCACACCUACAAACCAGACAUAAGCAAUACUGCAGAAUCGCUAGCCACGAUCAGUAGGGUGAAUAUUGACAUCUUACCUGCAGAAAGGAGGAACUCAGUGAACAACAGCUUAGUUCAAGAGAAUCAACGAAGAGACUUAGAUGCCUCUAAUGAGCUAGAAGGUAAAUGUAUUAUUUCUCAAGUGAAAGAGAGGCUGCAGGAUAACACUAAAUCCAGUGCUCAACCUGGAAACCGAAUUUCCACAUGGUCCAUUGACUAUGUCACUGGAGAAACGAAUGACCCAGUGAAGCCUCUGCAGCCCCUAAACAAAGACCAAAAGUUAUCAAAGGACCAGGAUCAAGUUGCUGGUGAAUGUGUUAUAGAAAAACAGGACAGAAUCCACCCAGCUUUACAGCCACACAGCUCUGGGUCUGAACCUUUCCUGUCUCAACAGCGGCGGCAGAAGAAAAGAGAACAUACUGAGCAUAGUGAGGAAGAGAGACAGUUCCAAGAGACUCCUCCUCGUCUUUUGCCUUCUCUUUCUACUGUUGGAAAAGUGGAUGUCACAUCAACACAAAAAGAUGCUGAAAACCAAAGUAGAGUGAUCACUGGGUCUGUGAGCAGUUCGAGGAACAGUGAGAUAUCAUCAUCAAAGGACCGCCCAUUAUCAGCAAGAGAGAGGAGGCGACUAAAGCAGUCACAGGAAGAGAUCUUCCCCUCAGGCCCUUCAGUGAGGAGAGUUUCUCUGAGUCCAGCGGGGUCAGAGAAACCACAAGAGGAAGGCCACCCUACCCCUGCUCAAUGGUUGUCUUCUGACUACAGCGUUGCUCAGGAAAGGAAACUCACCCAUUGUCUCUCUGAGGAUGAGUUAAGUUCUUCUACAAGUUCAACUGAUAAAUCAAAUGGGGAUUCCAAGGAAGGGAAAGGUCAUACAAAUGAAAUGAGUGACUUGGUACAAUUGAUGACACAGACCCUGAAUUUGGACUCUAAAGAGAGCUAUGAAGAUCUCCCGGUACCAGAGCCAGUGUCAGAAUUUAAACUUCUUCGGAAGUAUCGGGACACACUGAUACUUCAUGGGAAAGUUGCAGAGGAGGCGGAGGAACUCCGUUUUAAAGAGCUACCUUCAGCUAUCGUGCCAGGUUCUGAAAAAAUCAGAAGAAUAGUUGAAGUCUUGAGAGCUGAUGUAAUUCGGGGCCUGGGGAUUCAGCUUUUAGAGCAGGUGUAUGAUAUUUUGGAAGAGGAGGAUGAAUUGGAAAGAGAGGUACGUUUGCGGGAGCACAUGGGUGAAAAGUAUGUGACUUACAAUGUGAAAGCUCACCAGUUAAAAUUUUUUGAAGAUAAUGUAAAAUUUUGAGAAUUUACCUAAUCUGCUGCCAGAAUGAAACUAUUUUCAAACGUUUUUGGCUUAAACAAAAACAAACAAACCUAUAAUAAUGACUGGAGUCCAUUCACCAUCCUUAUAUUUUGUUGGGCCUUUUUUUACUAGAAAAAAAUUGGACAGAGUAAUAUGAAGCAAGCUUAUUACAAAAGAAAAAAACCUUUGGCUAUCUUAUUCUCUUUAUGAGGGAAAAUCUGUUGUACGACGUUUAUUUGGUUACUGUUUACUGAGUCUUAAACCAACUUGAUAUCUAGAACUAUUUUUUUUAAGGUACUUAUUAGCUUGAAUACAGGGAUAUAACAUACUGGAUUGGAAGUUUUAUAUUAUACUAGAGUGACGAAAGCAAUAGGAGAAAUAAAUGACAUAUAUCCAGUGACACUACUUUUUACUGUUAAUAACCUUAAGUAGAAGUUGAUAAAUUAUUUUUUUUAUUAUUCUGGGAGUAGAUUUAAAGAUAUGGCAUUAUAUAUAGUACUUGAGCAUUGAAUUCCUUUUUUUGCAUAUUGAUGGAUGUUUUAACAUUUUAUUUCCAUUUAAUAUGGACCUCAUUCAGGGUAUACAAGAAAUGAAACUAGGAGUUAUUUUGGGCUAGUAAAUCAAUGUUUUUACAUACUGGAUUUUUUUUUUUAAGAUUUAUUUUUCCAUCAGCGAAAACAUUCCUUAAACGCUAAUUCCUUUUCUAAUUCAGCAGGUGUUAAGUAAAGUCCAGAUCCUUUUAGUUAUGUUGGACAUAUUUGUCUCCUGAAAUUUGUCUUCUUAUACAUCAAGAUAUUGUCUUCCCAUGUUUUAAAUGUAGAAUUGUAUA